UUGCAUUUUCCCAUUUAAACUAGUGCAUUUCGUUCAUAUGGCAGUAGGUAUGUUCGGAAAGCAUUGGAUAUUGUUACUCGUGGCAUAUUUGCUAAAGUGCGUAAAUGGUCUUCGGGUCAAUUUGACCACGUUCGCAAACUGUCAGGAUGUGACGCUGGAUUACGACAAAGUUCCGGUGGCGUUGACCAAGGUUUCGUAUGACCGGGACGCCGAUGGCGUUUGUAACACCCUGCAUGCCGAGUACGAAAUCCGCAAAAGCAGCGAUGAUGUCCAGUUCGAGCUAGUGCUUACGACGUACAAGUGCCCGCUGGGAAGUACCGCUGUUUGCUUGGACAACCCGAAGGAAUACAUCGAGCCAAUGCACUGCGAGAGGUUCCAUUCGGACGACAGUGGGCCUUGGUUUAUGUUGGCCAGUGCCAUGUCCAAUGGAGACAAAUGCGGACGACACGAGGGCGUUUUCAACUUGGACGCGGCUGUCCUGAAAAUAAACUACCUUCACAGUUACAUCGAACUUGGCAAGGGUACAUAUCGGGUGCGUAUGCUGAUCCAUAUUCCUGGUACCGACUUGGCGGAGAAGAACGUUAAAGGAUGUUGCGAAAUGGACUUUGACGUCAUUGAUGACUGAAGCGCAACGCCAAUCAACCCUAAACUAACUCUCGACUAACUACAAAGUGGCAUAGACCCGAAGGCGAUCAUUCACUCGGACAUCUCUAGCUAUAGAUCAGUAUUGUAGUAGCUUAACGCAUAAUAAUGUAUAAUCGAAAUGUUUCUUAACACAUACAAAUAAAAUCACAGCAGCGACGUGAAUAUGAGUUUGAAA